CAUGGUAAUGCCAAUCUUACAUUAACCCCCCGACCAAACACACCCUAAACUUAAUAGUUUUAGCCCACUGCUCUUGUUAUUUAUUCGUGGAGGCAAGAGUGAAGAACAGCGAUCAAAUUGAAGAAAAUUAGUGUGAGACAGAUGACCGGAGACGUAGAGAAGAUGAUAGCGGUAGGGUUAGUGUGGGGGGCCACCAACGCGCUGAUGCGGCGUGGUGCACUCAUCUGGGACAAAGCCGUGAAAAGCACAUCCUCUCCGCCUUACCCUCUUAAAAUCCGCCAAAAACUCUUCACUGGUUUAAAGAACUGGCUUAAACUCCUUUUAAUCUGGCAAUACUCGGUCCCUUUUUUGCUAAAUCUCUCCGCCUCCGUCACUUUCUUUGCUAUUCUCAGUCACACGCCCAUCUCACUAGCCGUUCCCGUUACCAAUGCGACCACGUUUGCUGCUACAGCCUUGUUCGGAAUGCUGUUGGGAGAGAAGACCCGGGUCGGGUUAUCCUUGUUGGGUACGGCCUUUAUUGUUCUUGGUGUUUGGCUUUGUAUUAAUGCUUGAAUCUUUAGUUAUUGUGAUAAUCGAUUGAAUUCGUGAGAAACUCAUUUAAUUGAAGAAAUUCUAUUACAAAAAAAGUUAAAUCUACAAUUCAUUUAAUUGGAAAUGAAGAAAACUAAAAAAAGAAUAAAGAAACAGACACUGGGUGAAAUUUUUAAGUUUGAUGGUCGCUGAUAGUACGAGAAGGUUCAUUGAUGA